AUGGAUUUCGACGAUUCGAAAUUAAAGAAGCGCGAAAGUCGGACACGCGCACCGACGGCCUGUCAGACAUGCCGUCUUCGCAAGACCCGGUGCGACAAUUCCAGGCCAACCUGUAGUUAUUGUGUUGUGCAGGGGGUAGAUUGCAUCUAUCCUGAGACGUCACCACGCCUUAGCCAAUCUGGAUACGAUACGUCCAAUCAGGAAAUCUUGCAGCAGCUGAGCCAUAUUUCCUCGUUACUGGAAGAUAUCAAGCAAGGCAAUUCAUUGAGCGGCUCCUCUACUCGUUCUCUCCGGAGCACCUUGCUCGAAUUGACUACGCAGAACACCAGUCCACUGACUGAUAUUGCAUUCCCAGGAAACACCCAUGCUCAGGCAGGUAGCUCCAAUGGCGAUUAUCGCACGUGCGAGCAUGAUGCCGACUUAUUAUACGUGGCUAGCUCCGCAGAACUGAUGCUCCGCUGGCCGGUCUAUGAAAGAAUUGUAACAGAUGCAGAGAAAAACAUUCGAUCGUUUUUAUUAGACUCUCUGGAUGCCCAUGCUCAAUCGGCCGCUCCACCACCCCAGCAGGUGGGCGAUAGCCAUCUUGUGGCUGGUAUUCAGCAUCUAUGUCGGAAAUACAUUAUGCUCGUCCAUCGGCGGAAUCCCGUUUUGUAUAUAGAAAAGCUCGAGCACUACGCCCGCGAGGUGAGCAUCCAAGGAUUAGAGUCGAACUCUCAAUCUUGCCUAGUGCUUCUAGCAUGCGCUUUGGCCUGUUGUACUUCCUCCUUUAUUCCUCUCGCACAGGUCCCCGAGGAUCUAGAUCACAUUCCAGAACCGCCUCCAUCCGAUGCUGAUAUGGGCGGUGCAUGGACAUAUUUUCAUGCCGCUAAGCAGCGGUUCGUAUCAUUGACUGGGUUUUAUCACAGGCAUGUUAUGCGUCCGCUGGAAGCAUGGUUCUGUUUUCAGCAGGCAUCCAGCAGACUAGAGGUUCGGCUACGGUCAUUGUGCAGAGAGCAGUGGAGAGCUGAUGCAAAUUAUCAUAACUUGGAGUCUCGGCUAUAUUGGUCUUGUAUCCAGGCUGAAUAUAGUGAAAUGCAGGGCGAGUUGCCUUUAUGGAGCAGUCGACUUGAAAGGUUUGGAUCGUCUGAGUAUUUUCCAAGUCUCCCCGUAUUCUCCUCUUCCCCGGAGAAUAUUGAAAGCGAUAUCGAGGCUCCCAUUAACAUACAAUCUGGUGUCAGUGGCACCGAGGAGCAGAAGGGGUGGAGGUUCUACAUUGGAACCAUUUGCAACCGGCGCACCGUCAACGAAAUGCUAGUUGACAUUUGGCGAAAUGGAGAAGAAGGAUGGAUGAACAACGUCGGCGAAAUUGUCGAUCGAACCUCCGAGGCCGUGAAAGUAGUUGCGUCCUGGCACCAAUUGUGCCACAGCGGCCUCUCCUCUCCCUCCUCGUCCAAUCAAGAUCUUGAAUUCUUCCUCUCGGGUCGUUAUCACAUCGCAUGUGAGAAGAUCUACCGACCAGUCUUCUACCUCGCAAUCCACUUCCAGUCCCUUCCAAGCUGGGUACAGACGACCCCUCAUAUAUCUCAAUCGGUAUUUUCUUUGGCCCAAAAAGCAAUUGAUAACUGCGCCCACCUUCUUCCAAACUUUUUCUAUCAUUUUCGCCAUGAGUGGGUCCAUAGUGUCGUUCGAAGUGCGUUCGCUUGCGCCAUACAUAUUCUUGCUGCAGUGUUAAACAACGUGACUCUUGCGCGGAAUCCAAAUCCAGGAGGGUGGGCUUUGAGACCACCUGAGAAUUGGGGUGCGCUUGUGCGACUUGGAAUUCGGAUCCUGAGGCUCUGGGAGUCGGAGUCUGUGGAUGUGCAGAUUAUGAGGGCAAUGCUAGAAAGAAUGUUUCAAGGGACUUGCCGUCUGGCUGGCGUGAGAUUUGAUUGCUUCUGA